AAAAUCCUCAAAAACCUAAUACUUCAUCGCCUCCUCUUCUUCUUCUCUCAUCUCCGUCUCUCAGAGAGUGUACACUUCUCCUUCUGCUUCCGUCAUGCUCGAGUACCGUUGCAGCUCCGUUGACUGGAAACCAUCACCGGUGGUAGCCCUAGCUAACAGCUCCGACGACUCUCAAGUCGCCGCCGCUCGCGAGGACGGUUCUCUUGAAAUCUGGCUCGUCUCCCCCGGCGCCGUCGGAUGGCACUGUCAACUCACUAUCCAUGGCGAUCCAAAUUCGAGAAUCUCGUCUCUUGCGUGGUGCUGUUCUCCUUCUAUAGGGCUUCCUUCUGGUCGGUUAUUCUCCUCUAGCAUCGAUGGCUCUAUUUCUGAAUGGGAUCUUUUCGAUUUGAAGCAGAAGAUUGUGCUUGAGUCUAUUGGAAUCUCGAUAUGGCAAAUGGCAUUGGCUCCGAUUAGCGGAUUCUCGAGUGAUGUAGAAGGUAUUAAGAAUGGAUACUUGAGUGAGAAAUCGAAUGAUGAGGAAGAGAUUGGGAGUGAAGAAGAUGGUUCUGAUUCCGAUGAGUUUCAUGAGAAGUCAGAGGAGGAGAUAGAUAGGAUUCUUGCAGCUGCUUGUGAUGAUGGUUGUGUGAGACUGUACCGUAUCUCUAAUUUAGAAAAGUUAACUUACUAUAGAUCAUUGCCUAGGGUCAGUGGACGUGCUUUAAGUGUAACAUGGAGUCCAGAUGCAAAAAGGAUCUUUUCGGGGAGCAGUGAUGGGCUGAUAAGAUGCUGGGACGCUACCUCGUGUCAUGAGGUAUACAGAAUUACAGCUGGUCUUGGUGGACUAGGAAGUAGUUCUGAGAUCUGUGUUUGGUCACUUCUUUCGUUGAGGUGUUCAGUUCUUGUGAGUGGAGAUAGUACAGGAACUGUCCAGUUUUGGGAUAGUGAGCAUGGAACCCUUUUGGAAGCACACUCUAAUCACAAAGGUGAUGUCAAUACUCUUGCAGCAGCCCCCAGCCAUAAUCGAGUCUUUUCUGCUGGUGCGGAUGGACAGGUUAUCCUUUAUAAGCUCUCUGGUAGUACUAACGGUUCUCAAGAUUUGAAGCCUUCUUCCUCUCAGAAAUGGGACUAUAUUGGUUAUGUCAAGGCUCAUACACAUGACAUCAGAGCUCUUACAGUUGCUGUACCAAUUAGUCGAGAAGAUCCUUUUCCGGAUGAUAUACUGCCAGAUAAAGCGAGUCGUAAACAUCGCAAAAAGGGGAAGCCGGUUGACUUCACUUAUCAUAAAUGGGCUCAUUUGGGUGUUCCGAUGCUUAUUUCUGCUGGUGAUGAUGCAAAGCUUUUUGCAUAUUCAAUUCAGGAAUUUACUAAGUUCUCCCCACAUGAUAUAUGUCCUGCGCCUCAGAGAAUACCCAUGCAAAUGGUACAUAAUUCGAUGUUCAAUAAGACUUCUCUUCUACUGGUUCAGGGUAUUAGUACUUUAGAUAUUCUUCGACUUAAUAUAAGCAGUGAUUCUAGUGGUCGUGCCUCAACAAAGUCAUUGGUUCGUGUUAAAAGUAGAGAUGCCCGAAAGAUCAUAUGCAGUGCAAUUUCUAACACCGGAUCACAUUUUGCUUACUCUGACCAAAUUGGCCCCAGUCUGUUCGAGUUGAAGAAAAAUGAAUUUACAAAGUGUCCAUGGAGUGUUAGUAGAAGGCGACUUCCUGAACUUCCAUUUGCACAUUCCAUGAUUUUCAGUUCGGACUGCUCUCGUCUAAUAAUAGCAGGGCAUGAUAGAAGGAUAUAUACUAUUGACAUAAGUAGUUUGGAACUAGUAUAUGCAUUUACACCAUCUAGGGAGGAGCAUGAAGGUGAAGCUCCAACACCUAAGGAGCCUCCAAUAACAAAAUUGUUUACUAGCUCAGAUGGUCAGUGGCUAGCUGCUAUCAAUUGCUUUGGGGACAUCUAUGUAUUCAACCUCGAAACACAAAGGCAGCACUGGUUCAUUUCAAGACUCGAUGGUGCAUCUGUUACCGCUGCUGGAUUUCAUCCCUGGAAUAACAAUGCACUUGUGAUCUCAACCUCCUCGAAUCAGGUCUUUGCUUUUGAUGUAGAAGCUAGACAGUUAGGCAAGUGGUCGUUGCUAAACACUUAUGUUCUGCCAAAGAGGUAUCAAGAGUUUCCUGGGGAGGUCCUUGGACUCUCAUUCUCCCCGUCACCAAAUUCAUCAUCUGUGAUAGUUUACAGUUCCAGAGCGAAAUGUUUGAUCGACUUCGGGAAGCCUGUGGAAGAAGAUGAAGAGUAUGAUUUACCAAACGGCAAUUUGUCUAAAACGCUAGAAGGUAAACUUGUCAACUUGGGCUUGAAAAAGGGAAAGGGUACAAACCGAAAACGUCGGUUAGAUGAGUAUCAGUUAGAGGGUAAGAGUAAUGAACGAAAGAACUUCGAAAUCUUACCUUCAAACCACCCUGUUUUAUUCGUGGGUCACCUUUCUAAAAACUCAAUCCUGGUGAUAGAGAAACCAUGGAUGGAUGUUGUCAAGAGUUUGGAUAAUCAACCAGUAGACAGACAUAUUUUUGGAACUUGAAGACAAUGGAGUUGUUUGUCUGAAGAAGAUGAUCAAUGCCCAAUUUUUUGUUUGUCUGGUGAAAUGGUACACUAGGUAGAAAGACUGAUAGAGAUGUUGAGAGUGAAUGAAGCAAACUGUUUUUAGUCCUUUUUUUCUUUUGGUCUUUUUAACUCUUUGAUGAAUCCAUAUGUUGUGUAAUGUCGCCGCCUAAGAAAAUGAAUUUUGUUUCAUUUUAAGUUUAUUGUUUUUUUUUUUUCGCAAGUGUAGUAUCGUAUUAAACAUAACUGGAUCAUACAUGGGCUAUACUAAAAGUCCCACAAAAAAGUUUACAGAAAUAUUUGAGACCCAACAAGAGCCUAUCCGAUAACUGCCUUCUGCAUAAGAAAAUUCGUUUGUACUCCACCCAAGCCCACGUGUCAGCAACUGGAUACAAACGCGACACAUGCUGCUGGAUGAGUAAUCGUAAGAAUUCCGACAUCAACCUUCGCCGUUGAGCAUCGAUUCCGGUGAGAAUAUCAUCGCCGAAAUACAAUCGGUCGUUGAAUCCUUUGUUUGUCACCGUUGCUAAGUUAAUCGAAACUCUAAAAAGAAACUAAUAGCUUUAAGACAAUCAUAAUAUGCUUUGAAAGAUUCUUCUUUCCUUCAAACUAAGACAUUAUCUCUGUAAAGACUUCUACAAACCGAGAACUCAAAAGAAACAAGCCGGAGAAAUCCAUCUUUUAAGUGACACAACACCUAAAACAGCAUCACCAACUCAGAUAAUAAAGCCAGCCGAAGACAUCGUAAACAGGACGGCAAAAUUGCCGGACAAAAGCCAGCCAACACUACUUUAGAAGCUAGUCGAUGCUGUACAGGAGCCGGAUAAACCGGACGGCGAGGUUAGAACGGCCAUAUGAGAUCAUGAUCGGACUUUGCCGAAAAUCAAACUCUCUCUCUCUAAAGUUUUUGAGAGAGAAGAGAGAGAGUUUUUCCUGAGG